UCAGAGCUAGGGGAGCCCAGCAGCUCUCAGGGAUUGUUGCCAUGGGAAUUGAGGGGGCACUUGCAGACAGCAUCUGGAGCCUGUGUCUCUCCUUGUUGGAGGCAGCUGGAUUUGGAAGGAAGCAAAACUAGAAGGAGGUGGCAGCGAGAGACAGAGGCACAGCAAAAUGCAUGCAUGUUAGAGGAGGGACCUUCCCAGAAUGAGAGUACAGUGGGAUACAGAAGAGCAGGGACACCAAACUGUCAGGCAGCGGUGGCUCAGCUUCGUAGGAUAAACCUUAUUUUCUGCUCUGUUUGACGCUGGAAAAAAAAGUCCAGUGAAAGCCCAACUGUAGCAAGAUGGGAUCAGCCUCCUCCACUUACCGGCCCAAGUGUAUUUAUUUGGAUAUUGAUGGAAGAAUUCAAAAGGUGAUCUUUAGUAAAUAUUGCAACUCCAAAGAUAUCAUGGACCUCUUCUGCAUUGCAACAGGGCUACCGAGGAACACAACAAUCUCCCUUUUGACAGCAGACAAUUGUAUGGUAUCCAUUGAUCCGACAAUGCCUGCAAACUCAGAGAGGUCUCCAUACAAAGUGAUACCUGUUGCAACAGGGCAUCUCUCAGAGAAAGAAGAAUUGUUCCAGAAUUUACUGGGACAGAUUGCUGAGCAGUUCUCAAGGGUUUUUAAAAUCAAUGAGCUGAAAACGGAAGUAGCUAAUCACUUGGCAAUGCUGGAGAAAAAGGUUGAAUUGGAAGGCCUGAAAGUAGUGGAGAUUGAGAAAUGCAAGAGCGACAUUAAAAAGAUGAGGGAGGAAAUGGCAGCAAGAAGCAGCAGGACUAGCUGUCCCUGCAAGUACAGCUUUUCGGAUGAAAAUAAGAGGCUGACCCCCCGGCGGGAUGUACCAACCUACCCAAAGUACCUGCUGUCCCAGGAGACCAUUGAAGCACUUCGGAAACCAACCUUUGAUGUCUGGCUGUGGGAGCCCAACGAGAUGCUGAGUUGUUUGGAACAUAUGUACCAUGAUCUUGGGUUGGUAAAAGACUUCAACAUCAAUCCUAUCACGUUAAAGAGGUGGUUGCUGUGUAUUCAUGACAAUUACAGAAACAACCCCUUCCAUAAUUUCCGGCACUGCUUCUGUGUGACCCAGAUGAUGUACAGCAUGAUCUCACUCUGCAGCCUCCAGGAGAAAUUUUCCCAAAUUGACAUCUUGGUUCUCAUGACUGCAGCAGUAUGCCAUGACUUGGACCAUCCAGGCUAUAAUAAUACCUAUCAGAUAAAUGCGCGAACGGAGCUUGCGGUACGCUACAAUGACAUCUCCCCACUGGAGAACCACCACUGUGCUGUGGCUUUCCAGAUCAUUUCCCAGCCAGAAUACAACAUUUUCUCCAACGUCAACCAGGAACAAUUCAAACAGAUAAGACAGGGGAUAAUCACGUUAAUCCUGGCUACAGACAUGGCGAGACAUGCAGAAAUACUGGACUCUUUCAAGGAAAAAAUGGAAAAUUUUGAUUACUCAAAUGAAGAACACAUGACCUGUCUGAAGAUGGUACUGAUAAAAUGCUGUGAUAUCUCCAAUGAAGUCCGCCCAAUGGAAGUAGCAGAGCCCUGGGUAGAUUGCUUACUAGAGGAAUAUUUUAUGCAGAGUGACCGAGAAAAAUCUGAGGGACUUCCAGUGGCACCAUUCAUGGACCGUGAUAAAGUGACCAAGCCAACUGCACAGAUUGGCUUCCUGAAGUUCGUUCUUAUCCCCAUGUUUGAAACAGUAACAAAGCUAUUUCCAGAAGUGGAGGAGGUGAUGCUCCAGCCCCUUUGGGAAUCUAGGGACCGCUAUGAGGAAUUAAAACAGAUAGACGAUGCUAUGAAAGAAUUGCAGAAAAAGAAAAGUGAAAGCUUGACCACCGGCAGUACUGAAAAGUGAGAUGAAAAAGUCUUUGAGCAAAACUUAAGCCCUAAGCUCCUUGCCUACAGCCUGCACCCUGCUCGCACAGGCGCUGCCACCGUCGGGCACCAAGGGCUCCCCUCGCGCCAGCACGCCCGAGGCAGCCUCCCUGGCUGGACUUCCCCUGAGGACAUUGCACAGGUUGCAGCACUGCUCAGAUCUUCAGCGGGUUUGCCUUUUUGGUGACCACACUGACCACAGUCUGUAGAGACAAAGCGGAGUUUAGCUAAGGAGCCUUUUCUGGAAAAUGAUCCACAUCCAAACACAAACAAAAAGUCAUUUUAGUCUAGAUGCUAUAUAUAUGUGUACAGCAGUAUGCUAAUUACAGCAUAGCUUAACAGAUGCUUAUAUUCUGACAGAGGUCCUGGCAUAUAUUUUUAUCUGCCUAGUAGGCCCUAAAGACACAUUUCUCUGUAUUAUCCUCUGAUUUUUAUAGCGUUCACAGGACGUUCAAAAGCCCAGCACAGUGGCUGCAAAUUUUUUUUGUUGUUUGUUUUCUACACCAGAAGAAAUCAGAAGAAAACUUAGUGAGUUUGCAGGCUCACUUUGUGGCCUGGUACAGCUAGACAUCCUGGGAUUUUUCAGAAGAAGUAAAGAAGGGAGCACAAAGCUGAAACCACUGUGCAAGCCUAUUUUAUCCUUGUGGAUGUAAACAGCAACAAAAAAAAAACCUUCAAAGAUGUACAUAAUUUUUUUUUUUUUACUUUUAAACUGAUCUGCUAAAUAA